AUGGAUGUCAGCAUGUAUAUACGAGUGUUUUUAUUAAUGAUACAUCUAGUUCAGUCAAGGGAUGAAACUGUGAUACAGUUCGUAAAGAAUUUUAUCGAAAAUGAGCAGAAACCUACCGACUUGGUUAUGAAUGGAUUGUGUUGGAAGAAACAUAAUCAGAUGAAAUUAGUGAGUGAAUUGUCUAAGAUCGGUGUCAGAUCGUCCAACUUCAUGAAUGUAAUAUGUAAAUACCAACGCCAUUUAGUACUACAUCUUAUCGACUUAAGCUGUCCUGGUUCAGAGCAAAUAUUAUUAGAUGCAACCGAAAGAAAACUAUUUGCAUCUCCAUUUCGUUGGCUAGCGCUCUCCAAUGAGGAAUCAGAAACAUCAAAAGAGAUUUUGUUCAGCCGACCACUGCUGCCUGACAGCGAAGUUGUAUUAGCAGAGCAAGCAGCUGAAGGAUUCAUAUUGACUGAAUUGCAUAAACCGGCUAUCAAUUAUUCAAUGAUAUCAACAUCAAGAGGAUUCUAUAAUGGAAGCCUGCUCGACACCAGAUCUCACAAGUCAUUGUACCGACGAAGAAGGGACCUAAAGGGCCAUUACCUGACGAUAUCGAAUGUGAUACAAGACAGCAACACGACAAAAUAUCAUCUUGUUCAAGAGGACAGAUUAGAACUCCAAUACGAUGCUGUGGCAAAAAUUUGUUGGAUAUCUGCCACGCACGCUUUUGAGAUGUUAAAAGCAACCCCAAGAUAUAUCUUCAGCUAUAGAUUUGGGUACAAAGUCAAAGGAAAGUGGUCCGGCAUGGUGCAUGAUUUACAAUUGAAGAAAGCAGAUUUGGGUACUAACUGCGUGGUAUUCAUUGAUCGCAUGGAAGUGGUAGCUUAUACAGACACUGUGGCACCCAUGAGAAUGCGCUUCGUGUUCCGGCAGCCUCCUCUUUCUUACGUAUCCAAUAUAUUCUCUUUGCCAUUCUCGAGAAACGUUUGGAUGGCGAUAGCCGUCUGCUCUCUGGGUUGUACUGGUACUUUUUAUUUCACCAGCAAAUGGGAACGUACAUUUGGAAUGAACCCAACGCAAUUAGAUGGCAGUAUUGGUGAUGCUUUACUAUUGACAAUGAGUGCUGUCACGCAACAAGGCUGUUAUAUUGAACCGAGGCGAAUACCAGGUCGCAUAAUGGAAUGGGUCUUCUUUGCGGUGUUGAUGGCGCUAUACGCAGCGUAUUCAGCCAAUAUUGUGGUCCUAUUACAAGCACCUUCCAACUCCAUUAAAACAUUAGCAGAGCUAUCGAAUUCCAAGAUCCAUCUGGCAGCAAAUGAUUUAGACUACAAUCGAUUUGUGCUAAGUCCUUCCCAGACCCUGACAGACCCGAUACAUCAAAGCAUACACGAUAGAAUCGACAAUGGCAACGGAAAAGGGGAGUACUAUCAUAUUUAUGAAGGCGUGGAAAGAAUGAGAAAGGGCCUGUUCGCUUUCCAUUCAAUAGUAGAACCAGUAUACCAUCGCGUUGAGAAAACCUUCCAGGAAACAGAAAAAUGCGAUCUGACCGAAGUGGAUUUCAUUAACAGUUUCGACGCAGCAACGCCAGUGCAAAAGGACUCGCCGUACAUAGAACUACUUCGGGUUGUAUACAAACAACUCCGGGAGUCCGGCAUCUUGUCAGUCCUCAACAGACGAUUGCAAACACCGAAGCCACACUGCUCCAACAAACUGGCAGCGUUCAGUAGCGUUGGUCUGAUGGAUUUGAAACCUGUUCUAUUGCUCAUGAUAUAUGGCAUUCUACUCUCUCUCGGUAUUAUGAUUCUUGAAAUGACACAUUAUAAAAUUAAAAACUAUCAUUGGGAGAAAAGCAAGUUGAUAACGAAGUGAUAACAUAAAUAUUUAAAUGAUGCUAUGCUAUAAAG